UUGGCCAUAAAACAGAGAAGUUAAUUAGGGUUUCACUUUCUGUCGACUUUUUUUCACAACUACUCAGGAGCUUCGCAAUGGCGAGGAUCAAGGUUUACGAGCUCAGGAACAAAACGAAAGCAGAGCUUCUGAACCAAUUGAAGGAUCUGAAAGCAGAACUUGCUCUCCUUCGCGUCGCUAAGGUCACUGGUGGAGCCCCAAACAAGCUCUCCAAGAUAAAAGUGGUUCGGCUUAACAUAGCGCAGGUGCUGACAGUGAUUUCCCAGAAACAAAAAGCAGCAUUGAGGGAAGCUUAUAAGAAGAAGAAAUACCUACCUUUGGAUCUGCGUCCCAAGAAGACCAGAGCUAUUAGAAGACGCCUUACCAAGUACCAGGAGUCAUUGAAGACAGAGCGUGAGAAGAAGAGGGAAAUGUACUUCCCAAUGAGAAAAUAUGCAGUUAAGGUGUAAUGUUGGGUCCAUGUUUGGAUGAUACUCUUGGCAUCACUUUCUAUUUGUUAUUUGAUAUAAUUUUUAAAUUUUUUAGGUAUUCUUAGGUUCUAUUUUUGUUUCCUUUCAAGUUUUACUAAUCAUCAUGAAUUCGUGAUUUAUAUAAUUUGCUUAAUUACUUCUUCCAAAUUAAAGACAACCUGAUAGAAGGGAAAGUCUCUUCUUUACGGAUGGUACAUUUUGAUGUCUGUAAGUGAAGCCAAAUGCACAAAUGAAGUUCUUAAUCUAAACGAUUAUGAACUAUUUGAUUCUGAAUGGUGUACUAUUGAA